UCCCAUAACGUGAGGACGGAGGGCUCCAAAGCGACUGGUCAGCUGUUUUUUUCUUUCAGUUUAUACCUUGCUUUCCUUCACUUUUAUGCCAUUUAAAUGCAGCACUUCAUGUUCGAGAGCGUCUCCUAGUGUAGUUUGCCCGCUCUUUGGCUCGCCAAGUGUCGCCACCUGAAGCCAGAGAUGUCGGGGGAGGACCGGCCGGACACAACAACAACAACAACAGGGCGCACUCAUGUCCUGUUAGCAUCCCACCGACCGCCACUCCACGUUGUCUGAUCGGAACCAGGGAAAGCGUUUUGUCCCGUCCGGUUUUGGCCGCGACCUGAGCCCCACACACAGCGAUGGACGAGGAGGACCCCCAGCAGCUGCAGACGGAGCGUGGGGCGGGCAGCACGCCAGGCCUGCUCCUCCCCGGUCUGCAGGGCGCUGAGGCCGGCGCUCUGCAGCUCAGGAUCAAGAACUCCAUCUGCAAAUCUGUUCAAACAAAGGUGGAUAACAUUGUGCAAGAUGUUGAGAAGUUUUCAGACAUUGAAAAACUCUACCUCUACCUCAAGUUGCCUUCUGGUCCAAGUGGUAACACAGAUAAAAGUGACCAGAGUGCCCUGACUUCAAGCCGAACACAGCAGACCUAUGCAUUCAACUGGAUCCACAAUCAUCUGGAGGAAUAUCCAGAGACUUCGCUGCCCAAACAGGAGGUGUACGAUGAGUACAAGAGUUUUUGCGACAAUCUCAACUACCACCCGCUGAGUGCUGCCGACUUCGGGAAAAUGAUGAAAAACGUCUUCCCCAACAUGAAAGCUCGACGACUGGGCAUGAGGGGAAAAUCAAAAUACUGCUACAGUGGGCUAAGGAAGAGGCCAUUUGUUCAUAUUCCGUCUCUACCCAAUCUGGAUUUACACCAAACAGGAGAUGGCCUCCAGUGUGAUGUUCUUGAGUCACCCAACCAGCUGAGCAGCAUUAAGGAAGAGGUGCGGUUCGCAGCCUGUGACCUGGUGUGUGAGUGGGCCCAAAAGGUUCUGAAGCGACACUUUGAUGCGGUUGAAGACUUGGCCCGCUUCUUAAUUGACAGCCACUACAUCAGCAAUAAGUCGAUGGCUGCUCUCACUAUAGUGACGGGAACAGCAACAGAUGCGCAACAGUCAGUCUCAGCUUUCAUCCCUACAUCCGAGGCGCAUACCUUCCUGCCUCAAGUGACGACGCUGUCUUCCCCAUCGAUUGAUGCAAAACAGCAGCUCCAAAGAAAGAUCCAGAGGAAACAGCAAGAGCAAAAGCUGCACUCUCCUUUACCAGGCGACGGGCUGAAGAAAACAGAUGACAACACGCUGUCUGAAAGCCCCAUUACUCCAUCCCCUCAGCCUGCCAUUGGCAUUGUGGUUGCAGCAAUCCCAAGCCCAAACACAGCACAGCGCAGCAGGCUGGUGUCAUCCAGUCCAAUGGUGCCCACAGAGAGCAAGGUGAUGCCAGUCAACUUCCAAAUGGUCACCCAGCCAGUGCAGCCUUUGAAACAAAGUCCUAAACCUCCGCCUAAUAAUGCGUCCAGCUCUAUGAUGGAACGCACUGCGCGCCAACGCUACGCGCAAAUCCUCCCCAAGCCUGUUGCCACGACUGCCAUAACUUUGCGCUCCCCCUCGACAAUGAUCAUUGCCAGCAGUCCCAUUACGACCGUAAUGACCUCCUGCCACGUCACCCCAGUGAGUCUGGUGAAGAUGACGGCUAUAUCGCUCGCCUCGAAUAGCAGCAAUACAUCCACUUCCCUCUCUAAUUCUACCUUGAGGCCAGCGUCUGCAGGGAUUACCAUGAGUGCACCAGUAGAAGACUUAGACUCUGGCAAAAAUUCAAGGAGUGCUUCUGCUGUAGCCAGUUUGGCUCCAGAAGAACCUUUGCAAGAUCCUAAUCUAGAUGUUGAAAUGGAAGCCAUACUCAAGAACAGUCAGGAACAAAGUCACUUGAGCAUGAUUGAAGGUCAAGGUGUUUUGGCGAGCCGAGCUGCAGGAACCCUACAGAGAGCUGCAAGUGUACCCAUACCUCAAAUAAGAGGGUGUAGCAUUGUGGAGGAAAUGCCCCAGUCAAUCUAUGAAGGAAAAGUCCUGUCAAGUACUCAGUCUGUGGUUGAAACUGGAGACAGCAAUAACACCAGCACUUUGCCUUUCACUCCUUCCUGCGAGAAGACCAAUGCUGUUCUGUCAUUCAACACCAACGGCAAAGCUUCAUUUGGGGAGAACAGCAUCGGACUGAAGAGUGUCAGAAAGCGCUCAGGUCUUAGCCCAAUUCUUUCCCCAGUCAAAAGGGUUUUCAUGCCGCAGCAGUCACUAGGGGGCACUGCUGGUCUAGGGUGCGGGCUCAGAAAUACCAUUAGUACUUCCCAACACCCCUUUGCUCCAACCAGACCAGAAAGUGCACCAGCCUCCAGGGAGGUCGAGAUGAAAAUGAACUUGUCCACUCAGGUCCAUUCAAUGUGCACCUCCUCUGCCAGAGCCAGCGACCUCUGCACUGUUGCCAAAACACAAAGCUCAAUGCAAAGGAAAAACAUGUCCCAUGUUGUGGAAACUAGCACCUCUGUCAGUCAACCGUUCAUUCAGCUUCAGGAGCACACAACAUCUAACAUGCCUUCUAUGUCCAAUCAUUCUCAAGGGACCUCUUUUCAAGUCGCUAACUGCGGAGCUGAAAACCCUGGAGAUGUUCAACCACAGACCUUUGUUCAGUCCAUCCCUGCGGCAAAUCCUGUGGAUUAUUUGAAUCGAGUUUCAGGCCACAACCCUAUGCAGGCUGAAAGCUACUUUUCCUUUGAUGAUGAUGUUACUCAAGAUAGCAUUGUGGAAGAGCUGGUGCAGAUGGAAGAGCAGAUGAAGCUGCAGAAAUUGAGAAGCAGUGCGUUGCACGAGGGCACUCAGGCGGUGAUUCCCGACAACUUGAAUUCUUUUGAUGCAAACAUGGCGACGUUUUAUCAACCAAUCAACUCCAGCAGGGGCAGCAACAUUCAUACGCCCACUCCAACACAGACUCCAACUUCUGAACUAAUUGGAGCAGCCCAGGGACAAACUACUGAGAGUCCCUGCCCCCGUUUCUCCUCUGUCACCCCAGUCGACAGCGCCCUGGGAAGCAGUCGCCACACUGGCACGCCGCAGUCAAACUGCAGCAGCACUGUGGCUCCUAGUCCCGUAGAGUGCAGGAACCAGUUUGCAUUCACACCCAUCAACUCCAACAUCACUGGUUUCCAUGACGGCAGCACAGUUUCUUGUAGCCCGGUGAAACCCAUGCAAAGGCCGAUGGCGACGCACCCCGAUAAGACAAGGCUGGAGUGGAUGAAUAACAGCUACAACAACAGCACUGGGACUUUAAACAAGUCCAGCAAUGGGUUGGGAAUUUUGCCAAGCUACCAGGGACUCAUAGACGAUCACUUUCAGAAGCCACACGCCUUCGCCGUCCCACAUGCUCGUCACAAUGACGGCCAUUUUGGACGCCUGACUCCAAUUUCACCGGUGCAGCAACAGGUAGCUAGCAUGGCUAACGUGUCCAGACAGGAGGGUUUUGCUGUGCCGGCACCUCUCGAUGGCAAGUCCACCAGCUCUGGUUCUUUUCGCUGUCGUAGUGUCAGCCCGGCCGUUCAUCAGAGGAACUUGAGUGGAAAUCCUGGAAGCGGUGCUCCGCAAACUGUCAACCCCUCUUGCAUAUCACCCUUCAACUCGCCGGUGACGCCCGAGGUCUUGAACAUCUUCAGCCAAGGAAAUCUCGCAGCCACAACAAUGGCUCAAAGAAGCCGAUCAGUGCCGGCUAAUGUGAUGAUGCAAACUGAAGAGUCUUCCCUCCCUGGCCAACAUUGCAGCAGCCAAAACAUCGGCAAUGUGCUUCUCAGCAAACUGGAUGGCAGCCAUGACGAUGGCAUGCGUGGCAUGGGCAUUAAUAAUUUACCCUCCAGCUACACUGCCCGUAUGAACCUCUCUCAGUUGCUUCAGUCCAACCAGCUCCAUACAAUGUCUUCUGAGUCCUCUACUGCCCAAAGGAUGCAACAGUCCAAUUACCUGAUUGAUACUGAACAAAUGAUUCUAUCUGCGGGCGAGAGCCAUGUACAAUCAGUUACUGGAGGGAACCAAAGUGCAUCAGCGAUGCAAGUGUUACGAUCACAGCAGCAGGAGUCGCAGCCACAGUUGGAUUUCACCAGCACUUUAAAAAACCUCCAACCAGACAACAGCCAAUCUUCCGAGGGUCAGAUCAUGGAGCCGGACCUGGGGACUGACUUCCCCUGCGAACUCAGAAUGCCAUCUGAGCUCUCUGGUAACAUAAAUGACUUUAAUGCACUUGAUACGCACCUUCUGUUCGACCCCAGUCAGUCGCAAGGGCAAUAUCAAAACUCUUCCUCAGAGGAGCUGGCCAACAACGCGCUGUUCCAACAAAUCACUGCUGAGGCCGAGCACCAAAGUGGACUGGACUGGCUCGGGAGCAAAGAUCAUCCAGCCGUUGGAUUAAUGGGCUGAGAGCCAUCAUGCUUUUCAAAAUCAUAAGGCAUUUGUAAUUUUUAAAUUGACAUGCUGAUUUUGCAGCACUCUGGUUAAAAUGCUGGUCAUUUUCACUUAAUCAGAGAGGGUUGUUUAGAAGCAUUUCCACCGUGUAAACAAGGGCUCUUUAUUAGUGAAUAAUGCCUGAUAUGUAUGUUUUUUUUAAAAACAUUUUUUAUGUAUUCCAUUUAGAUAUAGUGCGCCUUUUAAAACCAACCUAUGCAUUUUUUGCGCUUGAUUUUAUUUACCCAAAAACUAGAGUCGUGUAAUCAUUUCAAAAGAAGUGAAGGAGUGAUUCAAGCUUUUAAAUAAUCUCAAAAAUGGUUUCAAUUUUAAUCCGUUUUGAGUAACAUAUCCCAUGGCAACGGGGAAGAAUGUGUAAUUAAUGUACUUAUCUUGUGUCCUUAACCUGAGCAGAGUGUUCACGGAGUUAACAGUAUUAACUACAUAUUCAAGUACUAUUUAGAAUUCACCAAGUACUUUUAACUUGACGCUGGUAACAUUAACAUCCAUGCAACCAAACAUUAACAAACAUUUAACACAUCAUUGAGAACAAGGGUGGGAGUCAGAGGAAAUAAAGCCACGUCCCUCACCGAUAUGAAGUAUUAGACACCACUUGAAAGCCAUAUACAUCAACAUGUAACUUCAUCAAAAACCAGUACUAACGGAGUGGAUAUUUGUGAGAACAUUUAUAAAUGACUAAAUUAUUUUACCACCUUCCCUAUGCACUUUUACAAAGCUAUAACUCUCUCGACCAUGUAGAUUAUAGUGUAGGCUAGUCUGGUAGCAAUGCGCAAUAAAGUAAUGCCAUUAUUUAAAUGUGCUACGGUUGCAAUAUGCUGCACUGACAAUCCGGUUAGCUUGUUAAGCUUUUCAAUAUUUAACAAUGCACUGUGUUUAAUGUGAUGGUGCUCGUAGGUAAGACUUGUGUAGUGAACAGUAAUGACACCAAUCCCUUCUUCAAUGUGAAACCUCAUGCAUACCAGCUGUGUAAAAUGAUACUAAUAACCCAGAGCCUUAUGUCCAAGCCAAAGAUUCACUUUCAAUGUAAAAUGCACUGUUUAUUUCAAUUCUGCUUGACUUGAGAGGCGUGUAAGGUCUGAGAAAUUUCAAUUAUUAAUUUGAUGACUGUUGAUUUUGUUAACACAACAGGCAUUUAAAGCAAUAUGUAAGGCUUUAAACUGAAGCGUCAUUAGUUAAUCACGUGUUCAUCGUGUUAUUAGGUGUCAUAUAUUUGGUUGCAGAGGCCCUGCGUGUUUGAUUUGAGCUAUUUAUUUUGUGCAUACGUCUGUGUGUUGUGUUUACAUGUAACAGCUUGCAGUAGAAUUCUGCACUGCUUUUGUUUUGAAUUGUAAGUUGCUUAUGGCUGAAGCUUAAAGGGACUCUAUCCUGCUUUUUUCUGACUUAUAUGUGUGAAAUUUUAAACUCAUCUUGGAGUCUUCAAGUAAAGCAUUUUGUAUCUAUCUCAUCAGCACUCAUGUAUGAGAAGCAGACGUGGUGGCGGAACAGUUUUGACAUGUUGCUUCAGCAGGUGUCUUGAGUGACCACUUGAUAUUUGGAUAUUAUGUAGAUGUGGAUCCUCAUAUCUCUGUCGGUAGAUGACCCAGUAAAAUUCAUUUCCUGUUUAGGUUUUUGUUUAAUAACUGCAGAGAUGACUCCCCUCUCUACUCCUCUAGAGUGGGGUUGAAAUGGGCAGGAUAGAGCCCCUGUAAAGUAUUUGAGUAAAUUCUAAUGAACCUAAAGCGGGAUUUAAAUAAUAGAAUUGUGCCCAUUUAUAAAUGUUAAAACCAUAUUUAGAGGGUUUCACUUCAUUCAGUGUCCAACAGUUUUUCCUGCAUCAUUAUAAGCUUUAACUUUAAUUUUGAUGUGUGACUUCAUCUUUGUCAUUUCCCUGUAAAAGCAUUUGCAUCAUCGAAGGUAUACGUUUUACUUCUGAAACAUGAGUAGUUUUUGCAAAUGGUUUGAAACCAUUGAUUUGUGCAUAAAUGUAGUGAUGUUGCUGUGUUGAGUGGAAACUGUGUUUUAUUUGAACAGUCUUUUUGAAGGAAAUACACAAAGAAAACACCAUCAUACAGUACUUAUGCAGACUGUUUUGUAACUUAUUGCUAUUAAAUAUCAAGCUUCUGUCCCCUUUCAUUCCUGGUGACUGUUCCAGUUCCUGUACGUUUUUUUUUCUUUAUAUGUGUGUCCUGUCCAGGGC